CUUCCGCCUCGACUAGGCCGCACGUCGGGCGUUCAGCGGCCUCGCCAUCCUGUUCAGCUCUCUCGGCACCCCCUGCGCCAAACGCCAUGUCGCUCGCCGCCUCCCUCGCCUCUCCGACUCGACGAGCCCGCCCCGACGACGAGCGCAACUCGUCCGCGCUGUACGGCUCGCACGUGGCCGGUUCGCCUGCGCCACAGAUCUUUCGAUGCAUCUACGACAAGCUCGGCCUGCCUCGACACCACUACGACCUGGUCGAGUGCCCGUCGCUCGAGGUCGAGCCCAACCCUUGGAGUGACGCCCUCAGACGGCCCGACUGCCUCGGUACCUGCGUCACCAUGCCGCUCAAGCUCCAAGCCUACGACCGCGUCGACGUCCUCACGGACGAAGCCCUCGCGACGGGCUGCAUCAACACGACCUUCUUCCGCCCGUCCGACCCGCUCGACCCCAACUCGCCGCCCGUCACGGUCGGCACCAACACGGACUCGCCCGCGUGCCGCGCCGUCCUCCUCUCGUACCUUCUCUCGUCCCCCUCUCCCUUCCCUCCUUCAGCGCCGACCUGCUUCGCCCCCUCGACCCGCGCCGCCGCGCUCGCCAUCGGCGGCGGCGGAGCGACGCGCGCGGCCAUCCACGCCCUGCACGGGCUCGGGUGCAGCCCGAUCUACAUCGUCAAUCGCGACGAACGCGAGACAGAGGGCAUGACGAGCCACUUUGCGGCGGCCGGGUGGGACGUGCGGCCGCUGAGGAGCGUCGACGAGGCGAGGGCGGAGCUGGAUCGGCUCGAGAGCGAGGGAGGACGGGUCGUGUGCGGCGUGGGGGCCAUCCCGUGCGUCGAGCCGACGACGGAAGGCGAGAAGAUGGUGUACGACGUCGCGGCGAUGGUGUUCGAGAGGAGGUACAGGGCCGGAGAAGGUCCGAGCGUCGAGGAGGGCUCGCUCGCGCUGCCGGAUCGCCCCGUCUUUGUCGACAUGGCCUACAAGCCGCUCAUGACCGACCUGCGCGUCAAGGCCGAGGAGGCCGGGUGGAAGAGCCUGUGCGGGACAGAGGUCGUCCUUGAGAACUGCUUCGCGCAGUGCCACCUGUUCACCGGCCUCGAGGUCCCGACAGACGUUCGACAGAGCGCGCGCGAGCUGCUUGCGAGGGGGCAGCAGAAGUGAACGUGCUCGCUUUCUCUCGGUCGAGCGGCGAGGAGAUGUAGACGAGGGCACGACGACGAGUUGCACAACAGGGAGGGACGUCUAUGCAC